UUCCACUUCCAGCACAGUGGUCUACUCUGUCCGAACGUCACAUCAUUUAGUAUUUAUUAGGAUCCUCUGACUCUGUCUUUACUAGCUCACAGCUCAUUUCAACUAAGUAAGAGCAAAUCAUAACGGAAAGAAUGAAAGUCGACUAUCUACAGAACAUGCCUUCAUCAGACGCAACCAGAAGCUACACCUUCACCAGCAAUGAGGGGAAGCGCUGUGUGGCAUGGAGACGCUAUGAUGGGUCUAUGUAUUUCACCGCUGAGCCUGAAGAGCUGGUUGACCCGGUCGUCAAAGCCAUUAAGGGUGGUGCUGUGGGUGCUCUGACGGAGAUGGUGAAGACUGGGAGAAACCUGACGGAGAGGAAUAAGUUGGGGUGGCUGCCUCUGCACGAGGCUGCAACCCAUGGGAAGAAGGAAUGCCUUGAUAUCUUACUGGAAGCCCAUCCUGAGGUGAUUAACAGGCGCACAAUGAAGGACCAGACUCCUCUCUUCCUAGCUGUGGUGGCUGAACAUGUGUCCUGCGUUCAGUGCCUGCUGGAGAAAGGAGCUAACCCCGUCCUCGCUGACAAGGACAGGGAAACCCCUCUAUAUAAAGCUUGCGAGGGAGAGAAUGUUGAGAUGGUGGCAAUGCUUUUGGGCUUUGGGGCCGGGGUGAACAAGCAUUGUAUUCAGGGCUGGACCGCCCUCCACGAGGCUGUGAUCCGCAACAACAUGGAGAUAUGUGAGCUGCUGAUGAGGGCGGGGGCCAAGCUCAGUCCAGUCAACAUGUAUGGUAUCACUCCCCUGUUCGCUGCAGCCCAGACUGGACAUGCUGAAGUCCUGAACUUCCUCAUCACCAACGGUGCAGACGUUAACAGCCAGGCGAACGAUGGGGCCACACCGCUCUAUGAAGCCUGUAAGAACGGACAUGGGGAGAUCGUGGAGCUCCUGCUGUCUCAGAAAGCAGAUGCCAACAAACCCACCAAAGCUGGACUUCUGCCCAUUCAUAUCGCUGCCCAACGUGGAUAUGAUGAGAUCGUGUCCAGACUGAUCCAAGUCACCAGCAAGUUCAGAGUGCGACGCAGUGGCAUCAGUCCCCUCCAUCUUGCUGCCGAACACAACAAAGACAACACCCUGGAGGUUCUGAUCGAGGCAGACUUCGACGUCAAUGCCAAGCUGUCCACCGACCGCUCUUCCAUAUACCAGGAUCGACGAACCACUGCACUCUAUUUCGCAGUCACCAACAGCAACGUUGAUGCUGCCGCCAUGCUUCUUGAGGCCGGCGCAAACCCAAACCUGGACAUCUUCAACCCGCUACUGGUGGCUGUGAAGCAGGGUUGUGUCCAAAUGGUGUGCUUACUGGUGGAGCACAGGGCAGACGUCAAUGUUAAAAUCCCAACUCACCCCACCUCGUUCCCGGCAAGUGUCAUGUUCUGUAUGAAGUAUCUAUCUCUGCUCAAGUACCUCAUGGACAAUGGCUGUGACGCCCUAUCCUGUUUCAAGUGUGAGCAUGGCACCAAACCACACCCACCGAUGAGGAAUGUAUACAAGGAUGACCUAGGUCUCUGCCACGAGGAGCCCGGUGUGCAGUUCUGUGACAUUAUCUCCAGUCCCUCAAUGCGUCAUUGGGCAGGACCCAUCAUAGAUGCACUUCUAGACUACGUCGGUAAUGUGCAGCUGUGCUCCAGACUCACUGAACAUCUGGACAGCUACGACGCCUGGGCUUGUAUCAAGGAGAAAUCGAUGCCCCCACGGAGCCUUUUGCAGUUGUGCAGGCUGAAGAUCCGACAACGGGUGGGAGUCCACAGACUGAGGCAGAUCAGCACCUUACCCCUACCGGGAAGACUUGUCAACUUUCUGAACCACGAGGAGUGAUCCAUAGCACAACAAGGACACUGGCAUGGAAUUCAAUACUGUAGAGUUGUUAACAUUCUGUUUAUGCAUGUGAUUGUGUCUGGUUAAAGGUAAAUUCUAUAAGAUUACAUUUAAUUGUAAUAAAAGGAUUGACAAAGCUCAUAUGAGUUUACCACAUCCUGAAUCAAUGCAAAUGUAAUCCUUAUUCUUUUACAUUUUGGUUUACACACAAACAUUUAGGAAACAAUGUGGUAAGCCACCGAACGUACCAAACAAACCCCUUCAUUCAAAGAAAAUUGAAGGAGCAUGACAGAUCUGGCAUUCUAUUUCAACGCAAAGCGUGUCAUCCGGACUUGUUAGAGCAGGAAAUCUUGCAUUUUGUUACAAUGGUGCUCUUACUUGAUUUCACCCUUUAUGAAAAAUUGUUUUUUAACCUUGUUGCUUUUAUUUCUUAAAGUAGAAGUGAAAAAUGUACGUAUCAGUAUUUAGUUUUUAUAUAUGGAGUGAAACUUAUAUUCAAUACUUAUUGUGUGAAUGCAUAUGCUUAAUAAGCUCCCACCUUUAUUUGUCUAUCCAUGUUACAUGUACCUACACCGUGUCACGUUAUACAUUUGAUUUUUGUUGUGUUAUUCAUAAAUUACUGUUGAACGGCUUGCAGCUUUAAGACUUUUGGUGUAAUCAACCUUGGGAAGUUACAUAUUCCUAGGAAAUAAAUGAACUGUACUUCCAGUAAACGACAUCCACAUGAAGUCAGAUAACACACACAUACAUCCCCCUUAAGCUCUACAGCCCCUUCUCCAUUCCAUUUUCACAACAGAGCCCAGUGUUUGGAACACAACACUCCCUGCGCCCUUUGACCCCAAGCACUUUCAAGUCCCCUACACCUGCCUCCCCCAGCCAGUGUCUCUCAGAAGGUCAAAGGGACUAUGAGGCUCACAGUGGAUGGAAGCAGCAGCGGAUAUGCUGGCUUUGCAUAUCAUUGUGUUCCCCCAUGAGGACGGCUAAAAAUACAUGGGCCACUAUAACCACCACCUGCUAGAAGAGGCCGGAGCGCUGGUUCAGGGUCAGAUAUUAUCUUUAAUCCUCCUGAUGUUUAAAGUUAGGAUUUGCUGUUUGAUAAUCUGAUCCUAGAUCUGUGGUUAAAGGAGACUUCUACCUCGAGCGAGUGAGUUUUUGGUACUGAUGGGGAGCACAGGAGGGAUAGUUCUGAGCUCUCUCUAGAACAGAACCAGUAAGAAAAUCUGUAAGAACAGAGUUUGUCAACGACAGUCCUGGGUCCCCAAUGAGUAUGCAGGUUUAUGGAAGGGGAUUGCUAGUUCAAAUCCCAGGUCUGAUGGGGAAAAUCAGGCAGAAUGUAAUCAGCAUCCCUCAUACUAAAACCCUUUCUUAGGGCUAAAAAGAUAAACAGAUUUGUAGAUGUGGACCACUUCAUUGUAUAACCCCAGAAGGGACCUCAUAAUAAAUGUCAUGGCUUGAAUGGUUGGAUCAUAGUGCUUAUAAAACUAGCGUGAGGGUUAUGGGUCUGAAAAUAAUUGUGGCUAGACUUGUACUGCUUUUUAAAUUGUUAUGUAUGGAUUAUAAAUGUGUUAUGAAGUCCUUAUGUUGGUACCCUUCAUUAAAGUGUUACCCAAUACGGAA